UACGCCAUGCCUAAACGAACAGCCUAUAAAAAUUCCAAAGAGCCGAAAGAAAGGAAAGAUAAAAAAAGAAAAAUGGAGGCAUCAAAGACGAUUCAGCACGAAAUCGGAGGAGUUCAAAAUGACGCGCUUCGAUUCGGUCUCAACGGCGUUAAAAGCGACCUCGUUGGAUCUCACCCUUUCCAAUCUGCCUACGAAUCUGCAAAGAAAACACAGGAGGAGAUGAGGAGAAAGGUCCUGGCCAAUACUUAUGGUACAGCAUUGCCACUCAAAAUGGAUCUCGAUAGGCAAAUUCUCUCGCGGUUCCAGAGGCCAUUGCUCCCAUCUUCAAUGCUAGGGUUGGAAGCAUUAACAGGAACUUUGGAUGAUUUUGGCUUUGAGGAUUAUCUGAAUGAUCCUCAAGAGUCCGAGACUGUACGGCCACUGGACUUGCACCAUAGCAUGGAAGUUCGCCUUGGCCUAUCCAAGGGACCAGUAUGCCCUAGUUUUAUGUGAUUUUCACCGACUACUUAAAUGCAUCUCUAGACCCCUUUUGGCAUCAUUGAUACUUUAAACACUUAUAUAUCAGCUGUUCUUAAUCUCUUGCCCUUUGUCAUUUCAUCUUCUUGAUUUAAAUUCGUUGACAAUGCAUCCGCUUUUAGUCGGUGGUAUCAGUCCACCAGAUUUUCAAGGUAUGCUCGAAAUGGAUGGAAAAUUUCUUAAACAGAUAAGAAAUUAGAAAAUAUGUGUUUUCGCCUUUCUGUCCUUCGAAUUCAACAGUAUAUCAGCUGUAUCC